CUGUUCGACUUGUGGGUGGAGGCGGACCGCAGCGAGAGGCGUCUGCAGCGCCAGCUGGAGCAGCAGCAGCAGCAGCAGCAAGACGAGCAGCAGCUGCGGCGGCAGCUUGCUGCUGCUGCCAGCAGCAAAAGCAAAUUGCUGCGGGCUUCGCCGCUGUGGCGCAUUGGCCGCUUCUUGCUGGACCUUGUGCUGCUGUUUCAUUUGCGAAGAGGAGACAUGCUGGACUACGUGGAGCUGGGGCUUGGGGAAGAGACGGAGUGGCGGCUGGAGCCCGCGAGAGACAUGUCUUUGUUUGUGUUGAGUUUGCUGCGAGCAGCAGCAGCAAAAAGAUUUGGAAAGGAGACAGAAGUUCGCCUGUCUUUGCCUUUUCUCAAGGCCCUCAUCCUCGCCCUCAAGUCGGCCCACGGCAUAGAGGACUUGUGCGAGCGGCGGCGGCGGCGGGCGCGGCCAAAAACGUUUGCGACAAGUUUGUGCAGAGCAGCAGCAGCAGCAGCAGGAGCAGCAGCAGCAGCAGCAGGGGGCGAUGCAGCAGCAGCAGCAGCAGAAGCAGCAGCAGCAGCAGAUGGCUGGUGGGAAGACAGCGACGAAGAGGAGGAGGCGGAAGCAGACAAGGGCCCUGAGGUGUCCGUACACCCCACGGAGCCAGGACCCCACACAGAGGGACUCAAAAAAUAA